GUUGGAUGAAAAUUGGAAAUCACUGACAAAUGCUCUUGCUGGUCUUUUUUGUGCUUCCUUAAAUUUUAUUGAUGAUACAAUUACAGUUCAGCCUAAAUUAUCGUUUCGACCGGAAGGUCCGUUCAAUGCAACUGAAUUAGUAGAGAGGGCAGAGUUAAGAUAUGGCUCUCUGCCUCAUGAAAAUGUUUGUACCGAGAACUUGACGCCUUGGAUUAAGCUUCUUCCAUGCAAAUCUACAAAACCUGAUUGUAAGAGUCAACAGUUAGAGAUCAUUCAAACCGUAUCAACAGUUAUAGAUCCAGUUCGUAAUUCGGGAAAAAGAGAUUGGUCAUUAAGCAAGGUCUUUGGUCGUCAACUUUCACAGGCAUGUCCGUUAGCGGAAAAGAGCGAUCUUAAAAUAAUAUUGCCAGAAGACGGUGAUUACGAAAUAAUUCCAUAUGCUGAUGAUAUUAAAAGAAAUAAGGAUGAUACCAAUAGUGGUACUGAGAAGAAGAUCGCAAUAUAUGAUCUUAAGAAAAUUGAACCAAAUACAGAACUUUCAAUGAAAUGGAAUGAAGAUACAUUUGAAUAUAGCUAUGGUCAAGAAAGAGGUGGAAUAAAAGUUAAUAUAUUUAAUAAAAGCCCAAAUUCUUCCAUACAUAUAAUAUAUUAUGAUGUUAUACCUUGGUAUUUGAAGUUAUAUCUGCAUACACUCAAGGUGCAAAUAAAUGGAAAGAAUACAAAAUUUGACGCAGCGGUGGACAGGUCUCGACCAAAUGUUAUUGAAGCUGAGAUGUUAUUACCGCCAAACUCAUUAACAACAUUAUCAAUAAAUUUUGAUAAAGUAUUUUUAAAAUAUACUGAACACCCACCAGAUGCUAAUAGAGGAUUCGAUAUUGGAAGCGGAAUCGUUUCUACUGGAGAGAUCGUUGAUGAUUUUUUUGAGCUCGAAACAAAAAAACCACUAGUGGAAUAUAUACAUUUUCCAAUUCGUAUAUAUACAGAAACAUUAUUAGUUAGUUUACCAACACCAGAUUUUAGUAUGCCAUAUAAUGUUAUAACUUUAACAUGUACAGUUAUUGCAUUGUUUUUUGGAAGUAUGUUUAAUCUGAUGACUAGAAGUUUUGUGGCAUUCAUUGAUCAUGGAAAGGAAAAAGAUGUGCAGAAAGAAGAGAAUAAGGAU